CAAAAAUAUCAACAGUGACAGUGAUUUAACUAUGUGAUAGUUUAGCCAGCUUCAAAUUAGUACAGCAUAUUUAUUAUAAAACAUUACUAAUAAACUAGGAUUCUGUUAUUGUGCUGCGUAAUUCAAGGGGUAUAACUAUCCAGCUCAUUCAUACUGAUAGGCAGGCAGUUGGGGAAUCUGUUUCUUCAAAUGAUAAUUGGUGGGCUUUCAUUUUCUAAAACAAUUAUGUUCUUGGAGAUCACCCCAUGAACAUAAUAUCAUCUGACUGAUACAUAUGAAUAUUUAAUUAAACAAAUAUUAACAUACUUUAGAUGUAUAAGACACCACACCAAGUCCCAUAUUUUGGAUGUAUACAAUACCAUAAAUUGUGUAUUUUGUUAUGGCUCGUUAUCUCUUCAGCAGUAUGUGAAUACCUGUCAAUUACCCUUGAGGGAACACAAGGGCUGGAAUUUACACGUCAGUGCUGUGGUUGCUGCUGUCACAUUUCCCCUUGGAAACCUACGCCAAGGACUUUCCCCUCAGCGAGUACAUAUACACCAGCAUCACAGCAUGUCCAGCAUCACCUAUCAGCCUUCCCAUCUUGAAGAACACUUACGCAUCAGGAUCUGAGGACUCCAUCUGCAGCCUGAAGACAUGGCAAAGAUUACAGUCUCUCUCUGCGCACUGCUGGGGCUUCUGCUGGUCUUAGCCUCCGAGGGGGAAACCAGAGUAGGUACACCAAGCAGGGGAUGCUGCACACGAUUCAUCAAGGAUCUGCCUUUGAACAGAAUCCGUGGUUUCAUCGAGGAACGCCAAGGGAUAUGUCGUCUCAAAGCAGUCAAGUUCAUCACCGUAAAGGGUAAGGUUGUAUGUGCCAAUCCAAAUGACCAGUGGGUUAAGGAUGCCAAGGAGUUCAUCAGGACCCCAACUGUGGCACCCUAACCUGAGGACACCUGUGGUGUUAAUCGGAAACUAUCUUUCUGCAUCCAAGGGAUGCUUUUGAUAACUCAAAAGAGCUUUGCUCUAUUUGUGUCCCUUGAUGGGCUUUGUAAGGGAUAUAA